AUGCUGCCACGUGUGUUUAGGGCUCUGACAGCGGCAUCUCCAUCGAGUCCGCGGCGGCGGCGGCGGCGCCCCAAGGCGUGCAAGGGUUGCGGCUCCGGCGGGCCCGGCCCUGGGCCUGGGCCUGGCCUGGCUUGGGCCUGGCCUGGGCCGGGGCUGGGCGCGGGCCAGCAGGCGUCAACGGCCGGCGGCGGCGGCGAGGCGGGACGAGGGCCGGCGACGGCGAGAGCCCGACGACGGCGUCGUCGCAUCGCCCCGGCGCCCGACACGUGUACCUCCGGCAGCGCCACGUCCGUGGACCUGCACGACCUGCCCUUCGACAUGCCCAAGCUGCGGCGGAGGCUGCGCGGGGCGGCUCCGCCGGGCCCCGCGCCCUUCAAGCCGCUGCCCGGCGGGCGGCGGGGCGGCUUGGGGGCGGUGGGCCUCCAGCUGCAGCCCAUCAGCACCACCGACUCCAGCGGCGUGUCGCAGGCGUCCUCCAGCCAGAGCGUGCAGGACACCGACCGCCCACACGGCCUCGCGGCGGGCGGCGGGGCGGGCGGCGUCCGCCACGAGAGUGGGGCUGCGGCGGUGACGGACGAGCGCCAUGGCCGAGGGCGGACGCGUUUUGGACGGGCCGUGGCCGGUGACUCCGACGAGCGACGGCGCGGCGGUGGCAGGGACGGGCCGCAGCAGCAGCGCGGCGCGGCGGGCGAGAGAAGGAAGGCGAGAUGGGCGGGUGCUUCAGGGACGGUGAGGACGGUUGCGUGUGCGGAGGGCGCGCGCAGUCGGGAUAGGGAGGCAGCGAGGAGUUGCGCCGCGCUGAUCUACAGAGGGCCUUGCCGCUCCGAGUUGCGACGCGGCGCGCCCGCCGACGCGCGUCGAGGCAAUCCUUCAUAG